CGCGCAGAGACCCUGCAUGCCUGUCUGCCUGGUGCCUGGGACUGUCUGUGUGUGUGACAUUUUUUUCUUCGGAAGUGCCGACUGACUGACCACCGAGUUCUCUACCACCAACGUGCAGGAUGUUUACCCGGCUGGCUGGCCGCCGUCAGCACCGCGCCCAGCAGCAGCCCGUUAUCACCGCCGUCACCGUCGUCGUCGUCGCUGAUUCCGCUGCCGCGCGCGCGCCCGCCAUGAGAAUCGUCGCGUCGCUGCUGCCUUAUCACUGACUUGUCGCCGUUGCCGCCGCCGCUGUCGUCGUUAGAUUAAACAGAUUUGUCCAGAAAGUGCCAUGGAUGAUGAGGAGCGUCUUGAUGGUGAAGAAGAAAUGGAGCUGGACGAAGCUUCCGACGGUGAGGACGACGAUGAGGAGAGCACAGGUAUUCCUGUGUCACCAGCCAAUUCGGACCAACUGCUCGGACAGACUCCAACUCCUGUUACACCAGAAGAAGGGUUUCCCGAUCCAUUGCGGUAUCAGAAGUUUCCUUUGACAGGAGGGAAACCUCUGAACAUCCGACGUGGACCUGGGAGGCCUAGAAAAGAACGUCCUCCUGGCAUCACCCGUGGAGGAGGCACCAGGAGAUCUUUUGGCAGAGGUGGUGCAAGAGGCAAAGGUUUGGGCUAUGCAAGAGGUGUACCACGUCGUACCAAAAGUAAGGAUGAGGACACACACUCGGAAUCACCAAGCCCUUUACGUACUGGGGACGAUGCUACUCCUGACGGCGAGUCAAGUGCCGAAAGAUCAAUGCCAGCUCCUGAAGAACCUCCUUACUUUCCCGAACAAUGGCCAGGAAAAGUUUGUGCGUUAUGCAACCUGGGCGAAAGGAGUCAGUUGGGACAAGGUGAACUCUUACGAUUGUCGUGUCCAUCGGGCUUCACGCCAGAGAAGUCGACGAAUCGUGAUGAGAACACCACCGCUGAGCUUCAUCAUAUAACGGAUGUCGUCGUUAGUGGCGACAAGAGUCCGCGCGCUGCUACUGCUGGACCUGGAGCCGUUACAUGUCGCCGGCAAAAGAGUUUAGCUAAGUGCAGGAAUACUAGUCUGACGAAUUUUUCGGAGCCGGUGGAGGAAUUGACGAUCGUGGGCUACUCGGAAGAACCGGAGCUGGCUACACUUUUCGAGACGACAGGUCACUAUUACGUUCACCAGUCGUGUGUGAUCUGGUCCAGUAACAGUCAAGAACUAGCGCCAGAACUGACGAGUCGUGCCGUCGUAUCGGCUUCGUCACGACGUUGCGCUUAUUGCUCACAUUACGGGGCUGGAAUUCCUUGCAAAGUGGCAUCGUGCAAUCGUUAUUUUCAUUUCCCGUGUGCCGCAGCCUCCAGUUGUUUCCAGGAUACUAAGAGCUUGUCUCUUUUUUGCGGUCAGCAUCUGGGUCAAGUUCCACUUUUGCUGAAUGGAGAUAUAACUUGCGUGCAAUGCUAUGGAAUGGGCGACGUAUCGAAUCUGGUCAUGUGUUCCAUCUGCGGCCAACACUAUCAUGGCAGUUGCGUAGGACUGGCGUUGUUGCCUGGAGUCCGUGCUGGUUGGCAGUGCGUGACUUGUCGCGUGUGUCAAGUGUGCCGACAACCAGAGGAUGUAUCCAAGGUAAUGUUGUGCGAACGCUGUGACAAGGCUUACCAUCCUGGCUGCUUGCGUCCAAUUGUAACGUCCAUUCCAAAAUACGGCUGGAAAUGUAAAUGUUGUCGUGUUUGCACUGACUGCGGUUCUCGCACACCUGGUGCCGGGUUAUCUUCUAGGUGGCAUUCUCACUACACAGUGUGCGACUCCUGUUACCAACAACGAAAUAAAGGUUUCUCCUGCCCUCUCUGCAGAAAAGCGUAUAGAGCCGCAGCGUAUCGCGAGAUGGUACAGUGCAACAUAUGUAAGAAAUUUGUACACGGUACAUGUGAUUCGGAGGCCGACCCGGCUGUGUACCAACAACGCAAAGAGGCUAAGCCGGAUUACGAGUAUGUGUGUCUACAUUGUAAGAAGAAUGUGGCGGCCUUUGCGCGUCGCAAGGACAGCAUGGACGAAUGCGGCAGCGUCGCUAUCAACAGUGACCAGAGUACAUCUCAGGAUAACCUUUUUUACGGAGGUGCUCCUCGUAGUCCACGGAGUGAGUCCUCGGAGCUCGAUUGUCAAAGUGGCGGCGCCGACGAGGCGCUCUAUUCCGUUGGCCUCGGAAAGGGCAAGCCUUACUAUGCUAAUAAGAUCGCGAAGAAGAGACUAGGCCUUGGUCUGGGACUAGGAAGCGGCGGCGGCUGUGUCGGUAGACCUAAGGGUGUUGGCAAGCUCGGUUACCAAAAACGCCAAAAAAUGACUGAAUUUGGAAGGAAGAGGGGUCCUAAAGCGAAGAUGAGGGGCAUUUUUGGCGUUCCUGGAGUAGGUUUACAGCGUCCGAUGUCAGAUUCUUUCUCAAAAGAGGAUGAGCCCGGGGUGGAAAACCGCCUGGUCCUCUGCUCAGCCAAAGACAAGUUCGUGCUAACUCAGGACAUCUGUGUAAUGUGCGGCGCGAUCGGUACCGAUCAGGAAGGCUGUCUGAUCGCGUGCGCACAAUGUGGCCAAUGCUACCAUCCGUACUGCGCCAAUGUUAAGAUCACGAAAGUGGUCCUGCAGAAGGGCUGGCGCUGCCUCGAUUGUACCGUCUGCGAAGGUUGCGGAGAACGAAAUGAUGAGUCACGUCUGAUUCUGUGCGACGAGUGCGACAUCAGCUACCACAUCUACUGUAUGGAUCCACCGUUGGAACACGUGCCCGAAGGAACGUGGAAGUGUAAAUGGUGUGCUCAGUGUCAGACUUGUGGUUCCAACGACCCAGGUUUCAACAGCUCCUGGCAAAAAAGUUAUACCCAAUGCGGUCCAUGCGCCUCUCACAGUGCAUGUAUCGCCUGCCAGGAGACUUAUCAGGAGGGCGAUCUUAUUAUUCAAUGUGUGCAAUGCGAACGUUGGUUGCACUGCACUUGUGAUUCCAUCAAGAGCGAAAUGGAAGCCGAACGAUGCGCCGAGGAAGGAUACAUCUGCCUUCUCUGCCGUCCAAGAGACGUGCCGCCACCUCAUCUUCUCUGUGUACAGCCUAAGAUUCAGCCAAAGUAUACCAGAUCUCCACCACCCGCAACUCAAAGCCCAGAACUCUUCAAACCUUCUACUCAGCCACAUUUGGUCGAUGGAGUAUAUCUCUCCGACGCUGGAAUGAAUCACAUAAAAUCUUUGACGUCGGAACAUCAGCAAACACGGAAGAAGAGAAGAAAGAUGUUACCUUUGGUAGACAAAGAAGCUGACAUCAUGGCGACAAUCGAGUCCGUUGUUGCCGGUGGUAGUCUAGAUAAUUCUUUAGAAGGCGAGGGCGGAAAAUUAGAAUUGGUGGAUGUAAAAGACGAACCAGCCGAGGUAAAAGAAGGCACAGUAUGGACGGCGGAUCAACCACCUCCAGAGGGCUUUAGCGUUUGCACAUCAGAAGCGGGUCUACCGGUAUUGCGACGGAAACGUCAACGGAAUUUGCAAAAAUUGGGUAUCGGAGGUUUCAACGCCCGUUUCCGUACCCGAAAGGAUAAGGAAGAAGAAGGCAUUGAUCUCGAGAAGCAAGGAGAAGCAUGGAUUCUUAUUCUCAGGUCAGGAGAACCUGAGAAACCAGGAGGCCCAGUGCUAGAAUCCUCGAUUGUUGGGGUGGGAGACGAUAAACCCCGCCGAAAACCGCAACGUCGAAAACCGAAACCCAAAUUGGCCGAGUGCUUUCCUCUUUAUAUGCAGGAGGCGUUCUUCGGCAAGGACCUGAUGGACACCACGAAGGAUAAAGAUCUAGAGAGCAGUAGUGAGUCCGAAGGCGAACGUAAUGUUCCUGGAAACGCUGAUACCAUUCAAUUAUCGCAAGACGAGCUCAAAGCGAUGGAACAAGUGAAGGCCAAACAAGAGAAGGAGGAUGAUCAGAAGUUGGUGGUUCCAGAGCAAAUUAAGAGAGAAGAAAUUAUGGAGGAUGAAGGUAGUGACACAGAAGCACUUGGAGAUAUCUUGCCAAUUUCAGGUGAUCUAUUGGAUAAUGAUUUGGUGAAUACUAUAAUGAACGAACCGGAUGAAGAUCUGGCAAAGGCUAGCGAGGCUUUGGACGAAUUGGACGACGCGCAAGCGCCCAGCAAGGACGAGUUGACGGAUAUUCUGAGCCCGCAUUUUACUCUGGAAUCGAUGGUCAGAGACACCGGACUUCCAAAUAUGGACAGCAAAGAUAUCGAGGAAAUCUUUAAAGGUGUGCUAACCGACGAGUCGCAAGAGUCCCAGGAGUCAUCGGUGUUUUCCGUUCAAGCUCAGGCCUCGCAUCCAUCCUCGUCCACAACACCGUUGGUGUCACCAUCUCCUCAUCCUGGUAUUCCAACGGCAAUGCCCUUAGUUAGACCCCAAGUGCCUGGUACUUUAUCCUCUGUUGGACAAUCAAAUCUUAAUUCGCCUAUGAGUUUUCCACCGCCUUCCCCGUAUCAUUCUGAAUAUAGCAAUAGUCCACAAUUCAGUCCCGCGUUCUCCGAACCGCCCAGUCCAUGGGUGAACCCCGAGGACGAAGGCAAUGCUCCCGCGAGCAAUGCUACCAUCUCGUACAACCAAAGAAGUAACCUGAAGAUGGAAGCCGACGAGGCAUUGGGUAUACACGCAACUAUAUCAUCCGUACUCUACGCCAAUAUCAAUCAUCCUGAGUGGAAAACCGAGUAUCCAGCCUGGUCUGAAAGAUGCAAGCAGAUCUUGAAGAAGUGGCGAGCAUUGCCGAACGAAAAAAAGGCUCCGUACCUUACCCAGGCUCGCGAUAAUCGUGCUGCUAUCCGCAUGAAGAAAACGCAACAGGAGCAAGACAGGCUGUCACAUAGAGAAGGUCGGUCCAACAAGGAGAUGACCGAACAGGAGAAGCAUUGGAAGCAAAUACAGGCUUUACGUCAACAACAAACACAGAUGCAACAACAGAUGAUCCAUGAGCAACGUGUGCACGCGAUUGCAAGAGUGCAAAGACAAAUGAGCGAGGAAAGCGGAUCCCAAUUGCCUACAGACACCAACUCUGGCGUGACGACGCAGUUACAAGUUUCCACGGCACAAGACACGAGCCAACUUACCCCAUUGGCAUCCCCUUCGCCGGGUUCGCGCAGCACGUUCGCGACGCCACCUUUGAAGGUAUCCCGCAGUAAUCUCACCCCACAGAAUCCACAUCAGGGGAUGGUUCGCAUGCCCAAUCAGGUCUGCUCUAUCUCUCGAGCUCCAGGGGUUGUGCGACCAAGUUUCCCGCAGCCGCCGUCGCCCUUCUCGCCGCAGGCACCCCAAUCCCCCCAUGACUUUCCCCAAUCUCCGGCAUCCUCUCAAGCGUCGGAGCAACAGCAGCAACAACAUUUCCAGCAGCGUUUCGAGGGUACCAGCGACAGUUUCUCGCCGCGGGCUCCUGCACUUCCGCCGUCUUCCUACUCGACAUCGUCGCCACAACACGCUACGGCACCGGCGCCACCGGGUGCUACUCCCCGUGCCGUCUUCAACCCACCGGCACCUUCCACACGACCUGCCCCGGUCUACGCGCCACCUCCACCUCCGCCGCCACCUCCUGCGCCUCCAUCUUCACGUACUCCUGAUCCGUAUAACGUUGCCAGCGUGCAGCCGCCUCCGACUACCCCGGUCUCUGCUGCCCCGGCAGGCUAUCCGUCUCCACGUGUUCCCGAGCCUCCCAGGGCUCCCGUACAGGAGCAAGAAGUCUUUAGCCAACAGCCGGAAGUUAAUCGCCAGUUAAGAGAUCUCCUGCAAAGGCAACAAUUUAGCAAGAAGAUCGAGGGUGUCGCAAGCAACUGGACUCAAGAUGGUCAGAACAAUUCCGAGAGUGGCCAGCAGCAGUUCGAGACAACCCACGUGCAACUUCCGCAGCAUCCUCAAAUGUCCGGUAACUCUGGUAACGAAGGCACCUUCCGGCAUCCUUUGCCGCCCAGUAUUGUUCGGCCCAGGAUGCCUAUACAACCAAACGUUCUUAUCAGGAAUCCCAUCGCAGGUAACAUCGACGCACGACUCCAAGGUAUCGAUCAUCGUACCAGGAUGCUGUUGCAGAGACCACAGGCAACCGCUAGCUUGCCCCAACAGCACUUUCAAAGCGCCCAAACCGUACAAACGCGAUUGCCCGCUGCUAGGAACGCUAUUUCCGAGUCCUACGACAUCUUACAUCAACAAAGAUUUACAGACACGAAUCAGACGCAGAGCUUGAACCAACGCAUUGUACGCACUGCGCAAGACAGUCUGAGUCAGGGCAUUCGCAUGCUAGGUGCUCAAAGUAUGGUCCGGGCACCAUUACCCACGACAAUAAGCGAGACCACUACCUCGGAAGCCUCAUCUGAGAUUCCCGACAACGUUACGGCCGAACUGGAGAAGUUGGAACAAGAAGGUGCACCGAUGGUCGAGGUGGAGGGUGUCAGUGCAAUAUUAGGCGAUCUAGCUGACGACGAUGAUGAGUUACUUGCUGAGAUGGGAGCAGACUUCAAUAUUUUGGAAUAUGCGGACCCCGAGCUAGACACAAUCGCAGGCGGUGAGAAAACUAACAUCUUAGACUUAGAUCUGGAGCAGGUAGAGGUAGAACCAAAAGAAGAGAAACAAAAGAAGGAAAUCAAGGAAGAAGAGCAAAAACCAGAUCAUCUACCGACUGGUCCAGCUGAAAUGGCCGAUUCAUGCUCAACAAGCACGACGUUGACGACAUUGACGGAAGGCAGCAAUGUACCAUCGAUGACGUCAUCGCAGCCCGCUUCACAGCCGAAUCCAGCGGCGAUGCAGGUGCAGGUAGUACAGCAGCAGAUGCACCAGCACGUACAGCAGGCGGCAGCAAUGGGCAGACCGAUGCCGCCGGGGACGAGACUAUUGUCAACGGAUGGAGCGGUCGGUGUCGUGACUUCUACCAAUACGGUAACGGUCAGUUACCCAUCGAGCUUCCCAGGACAUCCUCAGAGGAUCCCGCAGACGCAUAUUCAAGUUUCACAGCAACAACGUCUCGGCAUGCGAGUAGCGGGAGUGCCCAAUGUAGCUGGCAGAGUCGUCGCUGUAAAUAACAUGAUCGGGCCUCGAAUACCUUUGGCUCCACCACCACCUCCGCCACCACCCCCAUAUCCGGGACCCCCACCCCCGUAUCCUGGGCCGAUCCAGAUGGGGCUGUGCCUAGGUGGUGGUGGCGGGCGGGCUAUGACGCGGCCCCCGCCGGUGGUCCAUAUGGGGCACCAGCAAGUGCCGGUGGCGGCGGCGGGCCCGCCGAUGUGCCCCGCGGUUCACACCGGUGCACCACCGCACCCUCACCGGAGACCCUUGCUUCUGCAGUUAUGUUCACAGGAGCAGCCGCUGUUGCUGGAGGAACUACUGGAGCAGGAGAAGAGGGAACAAGAGAAGCAACAACAGCAACAGCAACAACAGCAGCAACAAACGGAAAACGCCUCUUCCAGUACUGGGAUUUUGAGCGACAGUGACUUUGAGAGACUCCGAGCUGACGUUUUGGGAGCAGCGUCGCCACCUCAGACCAUGGUAGCCACCGGAAGUGUGCCAGUGAUCAGACCACCCUGUGCAACUAGGCCUCCUUCAGUGCCCGGUACUGGUUGGCAACAAGCUGGUGUACCUGAUUCAACUAAAAUGGCGCCCGCUCAAGUGCCUAGACAACCCAUCGCCACGCAGACUCCGCCUGAAUCGAGGAUGAAUACCUUUAACAUCCCACUUAUACCAGCACCACCAACGCCACCGGAAAUUAUCUUAAACGAGCAAGAUCGACAAGCGCAUAUACAGUACGAUCAUUGGCUGGUCAAUCAGCAAAAUGUAUUGACACAGCAAUUGAAGUUCUACGAGUCUGAAAUUCAGAAGAUCCGUAAAAUGAAAAAGUCUCUCACUAGCAAACAACGGCAACUACGCAAAGGUGGCAACGAUCUUUCGGAGAACGACUCAGCGGAGUUGAACCGCAUCUCAAACGAGCAGUCGUUCUUGCAGAAACACUUGGAGCAGUCGCGGAAACAACUGCGCCAACAUAACUUGAUGGCUACAGAGUAUCACAACAAGCAACAGCAACGGCAGCCAUCAACGUCGCAAGUCCCACAGCCAAACAAUCCAGAACCUUGUUCUCCGCUCAUGUCGCCGUCACAGCAUUCACCGAUGCAUUCGCCUGCCGCGUUGGUCAGCCAAUCCCCGGGUGCUAACAUAAUUCAACACUCGCCGGCGACUCCUUCCAUCGUGCAGCACAGUCCCGGCGCCACAUUACUUCAGCACAGUCCAGGCAAUCCGCAGUCGACCAACCCGGGUACUAUGUCGCCUCACAAUGUACAGCAACAGUCGCCGCGGAUCGGCACACCGCAUUCGCAAGGUGGCGAAGAGAGCCCAUUCAGUCCUCAGAGCGGUGCAUUGCCGUCGCCGGGAGCAUUGUGCGGUCCUGCAGUGGCCGUGGCGAGGAUGACAUCACCGCAACACCGCGCACUCAUCAGCGGUCGACUGGCGGCGGCGAGUGUUAGUCCAGGCGGUGCGUUUACAGUAGCGGAUGCGGCACGUGUUCAACAACCGCAACAGCGAUUCGUACGACCGGCGAGUGGUGGCAGCGGUGCAAUGGUGAUGGGCGAAGCCGCUAGCCAACAACGCGUACCACCGAGAGCCGUGGCCGGAGGUAUGCCUGUCUAUGGACAGCGUUCGCCGUUAGGCAGUCCACAGCCGACGACGCAGCAGGCUAAUUUGAUGGGUCAGCAGCCGCAACUACUGCAGAGACAACAGUUGAUCCAGCAACAGCACGACGUUAUUUCUCAAGAUGGGCAAAAUGUUGUUACUCAAAGAACGCUUCAAAUGGCUCAACAACGGCAGCAGCUUCUCCAGCAGCAGCAACAACAACAACAACAACAGCAGCAGCAACAUGAAGUUAUAUCUCAAGAUGGGUCAAAUGCUAUCGCUCAAAGAUCAUUGCAGAUGGUACAACGGCAGCAGAUUCUCCAACAACAACAACAGCAGCACGAAGCUAUUUCCCAGGAUGGACAGAACGUCGUCACUCAAAGAUCACUGCAAAUGGUUCAACAGCGACAGCAGAUUCUUCAGCAGCAGCAGCAGCAGCAGCAGCAACAACAACAGCAACAACAUGAAGUUAUUUCUCAGGAUGGACAGAACGUUGUCACUCAGAGAACAUUACAAAUGGUUCAACGACAGAUUCUUCAGCAACAACAGCAUGAAACCAUUUCUCAAGUUAUUUCUCAGGACGGACAAAAUGUUGUUACUCAAAGAACUCUGCAAAUGGUCCAACAACGACAGCAACAGCUUCUUCAACAGCAGCAGCAACAGCAUCAACAACAACAUGAAAAUCUCUCUCAAGAUGGACAGAAUGUUGUUACCCAGAGAACAUUACAAAUGGUGCAACAACGUCAACAGAUUCUCCAGCAACAGCAACACGACGGUAUUUCCCAAGUUGUUUCUCAGGAAGGGCAGAAUACUAUCAAUCAAAGAACACUGCAGAUGGCACAACAACGGCAACAACUAUUGCAACAGCAGCAGCAGCAGCAGCAACAACGACAGCAAUAUUUACAGAUGCAACAACAGCAGCCGCAGAAGCCGCCCAAUUCGCCGAUGGUGUCUCAACCAGCUAAUUCUCCUAGUCCUCAACUUCUACAACAAGGUUACGGCCAACCGCCGAGCUCGCCCAUGGUACAGCAGACCACGAUGGGUUCUCCGAUGCUGCAACAGUCAUUGAAUCCGACUUCUCAACCACCUAGUCCAAUGAACCGAAUUUCACCGAUGGUGUCGUCGCAAUAUCAACCACCCAGUCCGAUGUCUAGGAGUCAUCCCUCCACCUCGCCAAUGCUUCACGGUGGCCAUCAUCCCUCCUCAGCAGCCAAUCAGCCGCCCAGUUCACCUAUGAUGCCUCGUAGCCCGUUAGUAGCUGGCUCGCCUAUGCAAAUGCAGCGAAGACAAUCAACCGGCAACAGCCCGGCAAUGCCCGAUAGACCUCAAAGCGUGGAGAAUCCUCCGACUCCGAGGACACCUCAUACACCUCACAAUUUCGUCCAGCAAAGCGCUAAUUUGUCGAGUGAUCAACAACAAAUUCUUCAACAAGUCUCUCAAGAACAGACUUCGUCGGAACACGUUAGAAGCGGAGGGAACCCCCAUAACCCACUAAAUCCGGUGCCGUCACCGAAUCCCAACAGAAGUGGAGGAAACCCCAAUAAUCCUCUGAACUCAGUACCCUCUUCGAAUUCCGCUCGUGGUGGAGGAAACCUCAAUAAUCCUCUGAACCCAGUACCAUCUACGGAUUCCACUAAGGGCGGAGGAAAUGUUCGCAAUCCGUUGAAUCCUCUACCAUUUCCGAACUUCGGCAGAUUUGGCUUCUUUAAAUUAGGUCUGAGAGGUGGCUCGCCCAUGUGGUCGUCGAGCAAAGCAGCAGAGAGCAGCAAGAGCAGCGGCGCCGGUUCGGACACGCCCCAGGAAGAGAAGCCGAAUACUUCUGUGCUUCGGAAGACGACGAAAAUCGGCUCACUCGUCUGUGCUGACUACAACGACUUCGACGAUGACUCGCACACACCGCCGCAGACACCGCCGACGUGUCUGGAGGUGAAACAAGGGAGCCAAUCUAGUUCCUUGACUUCGUCGACUCUCGACAACGGUCCACUCGAUAGUCCUAGCGAGAAGUUGGAUCAGCUUGCGGACACUACUGAUUAUGACGACGAUAAAACUAUAGUGAACACUGAAGUGACGCUGAGCUCGGCGGCGCAACGCGACAGCGACGACAUUACGGUGAUCGAGCAGUUCGGCGAUUCUGAGCUGGUGGACGUCAUCUCGGGUAGUCUAGAAGGCGACAUGCAGGAGGAAUAUGUACUUUUCGAGUCUGGAAUGGUGGUAGAUCUGUCAACGGACAGUAACGACUCGCUUUGUCACGCACUGGUGAACGCUGACACCGGCCAGGGUGAUCUAGUGCAAAUCUUAGAGAUUGAGAACCCGGAAUCGCAGUCGGAGGAGCCGAUUCUCAGCGACGACGAACUGGUGCCGUCCAAUACAAGAAACAAGAAAGGUCUCCGGCUCGAUAUAAUGAGGACUCUGCAAACGGGAAAGAAGCUGGUGACUGUCACUGACACCUCGGAGUCUCCAGACCAAGAGGAGCUCAGAGUGGACCCUUCGCCGGGGCCUUAUCUAGAUAAUUCUCCCGAUCAAGAUCUCAUGGUGUCUCUUGUAAGUGAAUCUGAAGUGGUUAUCAUUGACCCCACGACGAAAUCGCCCGAGGACAACCUCUCGAAAGGAUCUUGUGACGAAGACACCGAGAAAACGGACGGUAAUAUACUAGUUGAAGUAUCUAAGGAUAAUACGGUUGUCGAAAGUUUGAUAGACGAUCAGGCAAAGUCUUCGCAAAAGGAUCCCAAACAGAGCAAAGCUCCUACGAGUUUCGUUUUCCCGGAGAAGAUUUUCUACAAUCAAACUACAUCUUCGACCGUUCUUCAAACAAACGUUAACCCCGCGACGACCUCUAAGUCUUUAGUUUCUUCAGCGACUACCGCAAUAUCUUCGAUUCUGAAUACUAAUUUAGUGCCUACUAGUUCUCACACUCAAGUUCUAGCUCAAACUAUUGCGACGGAAGCAAGUACGACAAACCAGGACGCACUAUUGAAUUCCUACAACGAUCAAAAAAUCAUCAACUUGCCGUCGACAAUGGCUAGCAUCGUAGCAGAUGCAAAACUUGCCGCGAGACUCAGUCAGACAGCUCUGGAGAAUAUUUCCAAUUCGCAACAAAAUAAACGAGAUCUCAAAAUUAGCGAAACUUCAAAAGUGUCACCUCCAGCGACGAUCUCCAGCGUUCAAAGCGAAUUUCCUAGCUCGACAAGCGUUGUGGAUACUUUGAACAGUUCUACAAAAUUAAUUUUAAAUGUUCAAUCAACUUCUGUAACGUUGUCAACACCAAAGAUGAUGGAUUUGUCGAAGAAGGAAAGUGCUUUAAAGUCGACGGAAAAGCAAGCGGAAGGUUCGGAAAACGAAGUGAAAAAGAAGACGGAGGAAGAAGAGCUCAUGCAAGCAAAGAUCAAAGACCAAAGCGUCCCUUCAGUUAUUCCUUCGGCUUCGGUAACAGACGAAAAGAUGAACGAUCCGUUGAAUACGACGGACGAGCUGGAGAGCAUGUUGGAGGCGAUUCACAACCCGGCAGAGGCUACGCUGAAGAACGAAGGUAAGAGUGAGACUGCCACAACGGCAACUUUGAAAAGGAUGUCGCCUGUCGCCGACGACCUGUCGCUUGUCAAUAUUCUGGAAAACGACGCUGAGCCUGUGGACAACGACAAGGAAGAGAACUCUACAGGUUCUGAGGCGCAAAAGAUUAUGAGCAAAUCAAAAGAAGUCAUAGAUGAUCUCGAAGAAGGCAACGCGAAAAAUAUGUCGCCGAAGGAGAAAACCAUCGAUGAAUUGGAAUUGGAGAACGCAAAACCAUACCUCCAGCACUGUCUGAACGAGGAGAAGUCUCUGAUGGAGGAAUCUUCGGAGGAUAUCCUUGAUAUGCUGCACAACAUUAUCUCGUCGAAGCCAGAGAUGGCGAAUACCAACGAGUUAAAGUCGAGUUUAAUUUACCAGAUGCCCACUCCGCUCGACACGUUACCGUUGAACAUUCUGCAAGAUUCUCUCAUGGAUCUGGAUCAAGAGAGCUUGGAGAACGAGCAAUUGUCUUCGCAGGAGAGCAAAAUUCAGGCAAAGAGUCUGAAUUCCGAAGCAAAGAAAAGCCCACCGGCGCCGAAUCAAGCGGUGGCGCAGUUACAGAAAAGCACAACGACAGUACCGCAUUUGUCACCCCUGUCGAAGCCCACCGAGCUCACCUCCAACGUCGCUAAUGUGUCUCAUCAAUUGCGCACGCUGCUUUCCUCCCUGCAGAGCAAUCAGACCACUGGAAAUCAAACCGGCGUCGUCACCAUGGUUUCCUCGGUGAAGCCUUGCAAUGUCUUGUCUACUACAAGCACGUUCUCCACUUUGAAUUCGUCUAGUAAUAUCUCGACCUUGUCGAGACUUGAUCAGAAUCGCCCGCAUACCGGUGGAAGCAUCAGUGUUGCGAAGGAAGCAGAACUUUUGACUUUGAAGGAACCUGCCAAAGAGUCUACUGGGACACCUUCUGCAGUCCCCAAGGCUGAGCAGAUCUUCAGGGUAACCACUACCGCUCCAACCACAACUCUUCAGUCCAGUAAUUCUUCGAAUAUUACAAGCACUAUCACUUCAUCCAUCAUAACUACCAGAACCAUCACCACCUCGAUCUCCAUUACCUCCAACGCUAUGUUGAACGCCAUGCUGGGCGAGACGAGCUCGAUAAAGCCGUCGGUGGCAGGUGGUCACGGUCGCAGCAGUAACAACACCGUACCAACUCAGUCCGCCAAUCUGCUGAGCUCAGUGUUACCAUCUACCUCGAUACCGCGUUCACAACCUACGAAUCUGCAGGCGAUCCUACAGGUGAGCUCGGCGGCUUCGCGAGUACUGAUGAACGCCACUUCGACGGUCACAUCGAGUCCGAUCCAGUGCGUACGAACUAUUGUGCCACCGUUAGCAACCUCCAGCAUUCUUCAGUCAACCUUGUCACAAGCACCAACCCAUCUAUUAACGUCCAAUCAGAGUCAGCGCAAGUCUCCUCUUAUUCUACCUAUUGAUAAUAAAACUAACGAUCUCGAAAACCAGUCGAUAACGAGCAUAAAAAGAGAUACCGAAGACAGUAAAAUUCCGGAGAAGACUUCAGGAAGGGAAGUGGAUCCUAAUAAGACUUCUACAAAUCCUCUGCGAUACGAAGAGUCUCAAAAUGUAUUACUGAAGCAAUUGUUGCAGAGCAAUGCUUGCGUGACGACGCCAGUGUCCAUGCAAGGGCCCGUGCAAGGGCCCAGUUUGCCGAUAGUAAAUUCGCUAGCAGCCCAGCUGGACCAACCGGUCGUACCCGCGCCACCGUCCCUGUUGCCGUACCUGUUGAAUGAAACCCCAGCACCGAAGGCGCCAAUUGGCAAGCAAGUGUUGGCGCGAGAAACAUCUUUCUUGUCCUCGCACUCGGUAACACCAGUAAAGAUUCAAAGCUCGCCCACGAAAGAGGAGCCUCCCAAGCCUCCUCCCCCGUUGUCCACGUCAACAUCGCUGGUCUCGCAAAGAGGACAGAUCGAUACCUUGAAACAGCAGCAGCAGCAGCAUCAACUUCAGCAGCAGCAGCAACAACACCAACAACAACAACAACAACAACAACAACAACAACAUCAACAACAGCAGCAGCAACAGCAGACCAAUCAGAUGAUAAAACCAACGCCUCCUAGCUCUUCCGGAAAUACAACGGGAAAUCAACAACAGCCGAUUAUUUCCGCGGUAUCGUCGUCAUCUACGACAAUAGCGACGACGAUAACGACAACGAAAACGUCGCCGAAAACCUGCGAGCUAGAGAUUGGGAGUGCGGUGGCAAAAGAGAGCCCCUCGACCCAGCAACGCAUGCCCGUCCCAGUUUCAAAGGUUCCUACUACUCAGCAAAAACCUCCAGUAGCCUCGAAAAGUGUUCCACCACCUGCCAGCAACGCCAGCAACAGCCUUCCUAGUACUCAGACGUCAGGGCCACAACCACCAAGCGCUCUUCAAGUAGCGCAGAAGCCGGUUGCCUCUCAGCAACAGGCUCCCCCUGUCUCGUCCUCUGCGCCGAAUGUUAAUAUUAAGCAACAACCUGUUCAGCAAGUGCCUCACAGUUUGGCCCAUGGCCACGUGACGGUCCCGUCGUUAGCCACGGCCGUCGCGCCGUCCGGUCCCACAGUAGCAGCACCUGUCGUGGAGGUGAAGAAAGAGGCGAACUUCGACGAGGCAGUCCUUCCUGCUCAAGCUGCACCGAUCGGCACUAGCCAUCUGCAGACCGAUACCAAAGACUUUCUCGCUUCAACCAAAGAGGAGCUUAUAGACGGCACGAUGGACGAUAAGACCGAUCUGAAGAAGCUGAAGAGACGACAAUACCAACAGAAGCGCAAGCAAAGCCAAGGCAAGGACACUGCGACCGCACCACAGAAGAAGCGAUCACGUAAGGUGUCGCGCUUAGACGAGGACUAUGAUACUUUCGUGGAGAAUCUGAUGGUGCAGUUGCGUCAGCUGCAGCCUAUGGCAGUGCUGGAACCACUGCUCGGUCGUAACUAUGGAGUGUGCCCGAUUUACGGCUGCGGCGACCUCGCCAAGAUCGCUAGUCAGCGGGACUAUAAUACAAGAGUUGGAGAUUUAACGGGCAGCUACGGCGCCGCUAAUUUACCCGGGCUAUCCGAUCAUUAUAACACACAGCCCUUCGGCGAACUUGAUCCUCUACCGCCACAGCAACCACCGUCCACGCAGAGAGGCUUCUACGAUCAGGAAUUCCCGCCGCUCAAGCUGGAUGACUCUGACGAUAAGAAGGAAAAUAUAGCGACAAAUCGCGACGUGGACUCUCCGGACACUAUCGUGAGCUCGUCCUCGCCCGAGUGCGUUAUACCGGAGUUUAUGCAUCGUUUCCCCGGGUUGCGGUUAAUCGACGAGGAGUCGGACGAAGAGGCGGACUGGCUAAAGCGCGUGUCGCCGGUUAUACCGUUAAUCUCUCCAAUCCCGAUUAGACUGAAGCCGGCUUACCCGAAGGAUGUGUCUCAGCAGGAUAAGGAGAAUCUCGGGGUAUCCAAGCUCGGGAAGUCUCCGCCGAUCCCGUUGCGAGAAAGCGGAAACGUCACCGUCACUCUGACUCUCAACAGUCAAGCUGCGGACGAUAUCAUGGGUGUACUUAAAGAUCUGGCAAAUAUUCUGAAUAUCGCGCCGCCCACUGGUUACCAGAUAGUCGAACGUACCACCACUCCUCCCAGUCAGAAAUUAGGGUUAUAUAGGACUAAGGGGAAGGACGGCAAAGAAGGAGCUCCGAUUGAUAUUCAGAGCAUCUUGAACGGUGCGGCCAAGUUUUGUCGUCACUGCGACGUCGUGAUUCUGAACAGCUUGAUUCGGAAGAAAGUAUCUGAUCUGCCAUUCUUGAGCAAGGAGGAGGCGGAACCUGGUGACGAACUGUGCUUCUGCUCGGCCGCCUGUUACAUGCAAUUCGCCCUCAUGCAUCGCACGCCCUCCAACACGCAAGAUAAGGCCGCGACGAUAGUGGACCACUUAUGUCAGAAAACGGAAUCGAAGCUAUUGGACGAUGAUUUGAAAAGCCUGAAGAAAGCGUCCAUAAAGCAACAGCAGUCACAACAGUCGGUGGAUCAGCGCGUCGAGAAUAUGGAAAUCGACAACGAGACGAGCACGGGCACGGCGGAGAUCGUCAAGGUGAAAUCUGAGAAGCCGGAUCACAUGGAAAACGCGAUGGAGAAUAUUGAGAUAGAGGAAAAAAGGCCGAAGAAACAUUCGGUCCCCGAAGAGCCGAAUGAGACUGCCAUCGAGCCGCAACCACCCGCGAAGGUUUGGCGAGGCGUCAAGUAUAAAGCCUGGUCGAUGGGGCUGAUACAACCCGCCACGAAAUUCAAGAAAACCACCGACAGAGAGAUCACAGAGAUGCUGUUCCGCAUGGGAGUGACGGUGGUGCCCGCAAAGACAGAAGACAGUCGUCGUUGCAUGUUCUGCCAGAGUCAAGGAGACGGAACGGCGGACGGACCGGCUCGCCUGCUGAAUUUCGAUGUGGACAAGUGGGUGCACCUCAAUUGCGCGCUGUGGGCUGAGGAUGUAUACGAGACGGUGAACGGAGCGUUGAUGUUUGUGGAUAUAGCCUUGCAGCACAGUCUCGUGUUGAAUUGCAACGUCUGCGAGAAGCCCGGAGCCACUAUCAAGUGUUUCAAGACACGGUGCACCAACGUCUACCAUCUUGGAUGCGCCGUCAAAGAUGGUUGCGUCUUCUAUAAGAACAAGACCACCUUCUGUUCGCAACACGUGCAAAAGAACGAGAAGGACAACGAGCUCACCACCUUGUCCGUCUACCGUCGCGUCUACGUGAACCGUGACGAGAAUCGCCAGGUCGCCGCAGUCAUGCACCAUUCGGAGCACAAUCACCUGCUGCGCGUCGGCUCGCUGAUUUUUCUCAGUGUCGGUCAACUGCUGCCGCAUCAAUUGCAAAACUUUCACACGCCCAAUUAUAUCUAUCCGGUCGGCUACAAGAUCGUGCGCUUCUAUUGGAGCAUGCGACGGCCCAACAAACGUUGCCGCUACGUCUGCUCGAUCCAUGACGUCUCCGGUCGGCCAGAAUUCCGAGUUUUGGUUCAGGAACCUCUCCAAGAAGAUGUAGAACUCCGUGACGCCACUCCGCGAGCUGUCUGGAAUCGGAUUUUGGAGCCGUUGGCGGAAUUGAGAAGAAAUACGAAUUCUGUUCAGUUGUUUCCGAGAUAUGUCUCCGGGGAAGAUUUAUUCGGUCUGACUGAACCAGCAAUAGUGCGAGUUCUAGAGAGCCUGCCUGGAAUAGAAACUCUGACUGAUUACAGGUUUAAAUAUGGACGUAACCCGCUGUUGGAGCUUCCAUUAGCCAUCAACCCAACUGGAAGUGCUCGUACCGAGGCGCGAUUACGUAACCAACUGCCAUGGAAACGACCUCACACGCAGCGCACAGGCUCGCACUCGUCAGCGCGUGCGACAGCGGCGGUUGCACCGUUUGCACCGUCAUUGUCGUCGGCGGCGGCGGUCGCCUUCGCCGCUGGCGAAGUCACUUGUCCAUAUUCUAAGCAGUUUGUACAUUCCAAAAGCUCGCAGUACAAAAAGAUGAAGCUGGAAUGGCGGAAUAACGUUUACCUGGCCCGUUCGAAGAUCCAAGGUCUGGGCCUGUACGCUGCUCGUGAUAUCGAAAAGCACACUAUGGUGAUAGAGUACAUCGGAGAAAUCAUAAGGACAGAAUUAGCAGAAACUCGGGAGAAGCAAUAUGAGGCUAGAAACCGAGGUAUUUACAUGUUUCGCCUGGACGAAGAAAGAGUAGUAGACGCGACAUUAUGCGGCGGUCUUGCCCGCUACAUCAAUCACUCAUGCAGUCCCAACUGCGUCGCCGAGAUCGUCGAAGUCGAACGUGAUCUACGUAUCAUAAUUUUCUCUAAGCGUCGGAUCGCGCGUGGCGAAGAGCUGGCAUACGAUUACAAAUUUGACAUAGAAGAUGAUCAGCAUAAGAUUGCGUGCGCUUGUGGCGCUCCGAAUUGUCGUAAGUGGAUGAAUUGAAGUGAGAACCCUGAAGGAGACACGAAGGAGAAGCGAGAACGAAAGGAAUCACAUGAAACUAAGAAGAACUCGUCUCAGUCUGCACAUUACGCCCGACGUUGUUAUCUUUCUUGCUUCGUUUGUAAUAUAAAGAUAGGCUAUAUUUUUUCUUACGUCUUAAAGAACAUAUAAGAAAAAUUUGUAAAAAUUUUUCCGAAGCUUUGAAAAUCUUUAUGAUAUUGGGAAGAAUUUUUAAUUAUGAAAAUUUUUAACGAUAUUUCUUCUACCAAGGAAGAAAGAUUUCUUCUCCGAGGAAAAGAAAUUUCUCUGUAUAAAUAUAUAGAUAAGCACGACGGUUAUUUACACAAGUACAUACGCCCACACAUAUACACAGUUGCAGUUAUAUUUACUUCGUGUAAAGAGUGCCAUGCCAUCGCGCAUUUUCUCACGAUUAACCGAUGAAUUAGUUAAUUAAUUGACGAUGACGACGACGAAUUAGUUGAACGUUUUGGUGCUAAUUGCCGCCAUCACACACACACAUUCCUCCAAAGUUGUAUAAUAUUAUGUAAUAACGUAGUUAUAUAUCGAUUAUAUUGUAAUGAAGAAUGAAGAAAGAAAAAGAAAGAGUAUAUAUAUAACGACACGCAAUAUCACGCUUGUAAAUUAUAUAUACACGGCAAGAGAAAGAAUGCGUGUGCGUGUGAAAGAGAGGAUUUCUAUCAUUGUGCACCCAAUGGACAAUGUGUUGUAAUAUAUAUAUAGAUCGUUUAUUCGCGUAUUAUAUUAUUUUAUUAUUGCUAUUAUUAUAUAUCUAUCUACACACAUAUAUAGUUUGUCUAUAUACGCGACAUGAUUUGAUCACGUAUGUGAACACAUAUACAAACACAUUAUACACACAGCACGCACUGUGCUUUGUACAUACAUUAUGUAUAUCUGUGUAUAUGCAUAUUUCAUAUACAUAUAUAUACAUAUUUAUAUAUAUAUAUAUAUAUAGAUAUACGAAGUGAAGUAGUACAUUAUUUUCAACUACCCGGUGUGUAAAGCGAUAAUACAGUACCUCUCACAAUUUGGAAAUUAUAUACGAUUAUACCGAUUUCA